AUGUUAUUGAAUGAGUUGCGAAGGAAGAAGGAGUUGUGUAGUGCAUUUACAUAUGAGUAUGAGGUCAACUCAAAGGAUAGGAUGACACGAUUGUUUUGGUGUGAUCCUACUGCCAGAAGAAACUACCAUUUGUAUGGAGAUAUUGUUUCGUUUGAUACGACAUACUCCACAAACAGAUACUGUAUGAUAUUUGCUCCUUUUACGGGCAAGGAUAAUCAUGGCCGCCCUGUGACAUUUGCUGCUGGCCUUUUGUCCAAGGAAAAUGCCAACUCCUUUUCAUGGUUAUUUAACCAAUUUGUAAAGUGUAUGGGUGUGGCUCCCAAACUCAUUGUAACCGACCAAGACUUAGGAAUGAAAGUUGCUGUUGAGGAGGUCCUUGUCAAUACAAGACACCGGUGGUGUAUGUGGCACGUUAUGAAUAAAGUUGCUGACAAAUUGCCAAAGAACAUGCUUGGUAGUGAACAAUUAAAGAAGGAACUGAAUGCAUGUGUAUGGUCAGAGUUGAUUGAACCUGAUGCAUUUGAGGAAACUUGGCAUGCUAUAAUGGAAAGAUAUGGGCUGACCAAUAAUGUCUGGUUUUCAUCAAUGUUUGCAUCCAGAAAAUUUUGGGUUCCAGCCUUUUUCCGUGAGUUUCCGAUGAGUUCGUUGAUAAAGACAACUUCUAUAUCUGAAUCACAGAAUAACUUCUUCAAAAGGUACUCAAAGUCUCGGGCUAACCUUAUGCAAUUUUAUAUGAACUAUAAUCAUGCUCUGGAGACUCAAAGAAGUAAUAGUGCAAAGCUUGAAUACUAUGAUUCAACAAAAGUACCUAUUUUGCGGACAGGAUUGGAAAUCGAGAAACAUGCAUCGACGAUAUAUAGUGGUAGUGCUUAUACUGAAAUUCAAGAAGAGAUAGUAUAUGCAUGUUUCUCUUUGUCUUGUGCAACUCUAGGAGUGUCUACCAAUACAGAUAUUGAAGUAUAUGACAUAAAGGACAAGGAUUCAAACUCAUGGACAGUGACUUACUCCAUUGGUGAUGACACCUAUUUGUGUGGAUGCAAAAAAUUUGAAAGACUUGGUCUAUUGUGCAGCCAUAUAUUUUGUGUGUUGAAACAUAAUUUUGUUAAGUUGAUACCCGAGAAGUUGCAUGGAGGAAGAUGGUUGAAGUCACAGUUUGUGAAGCCAAUACAUGGAGGUUUUUGUGAUGAUCAAGAAAUACACCUUGCUGUGGACAAGAAGAAGAUUGCAUUUAAAAACUUGUAUGGAUUAUUCAUUGAAACAGCACAAAGCAUUGAAGGGAACAUUGAUCAAAUCAAUGCAUUCGCUGCAAUUAUUGAAGAAGGUAGGAAGCAGCUUCUUGGCGAAGAUGUUGUUCUGUCUUCCACACAGAAGAGAGCAAUGAUUGAGAACUUCUAUGGCUCACAUGUCCCGAACAAUAUUGAAGUUCAUCCUCCUGAGGUUGUUAGUACAAAGGGAAGUGGAAGUAGGAAGAAAUCGAAGAGGGAGUCAGCAAUAAAGUUAGCAAUGAAACCAGGCCGAAAGUGUGGAAACUGUCAUGAGAUUGGACACCAUGAUUCUAGGAACUGCAAAAAGGUUAAUGAGAAGUCAAAUCAGAGGCAAUGA